AUGGGCCCAGAUUACGGAGGCGGUCUGGGAGGAGGGGACCCUGCCCAUGGUCAUGAAGGAGCCUACCAACUCGACCACGAUAGAUCCCUCAUGACCCCGAGUCCCUCUUACCAGAAUGGCGCAUUUCAGCCGCCCACCCGGGCUCCCGCCCGAGAAGCUUCCCCGGCCCUGAGUUCGACUAGCACUAAUGAUCCUCGUAAGAGCUCUGAACGAAACCGAUCCAGGGGUCGCGGCCGGACUACGAGUGGUCAGGUUCGCGUCUGCCACAAGUGCGGCGAACCUCUCACGGGCCAAUUUGUGCGAGCUUUAGAUGGUACCUUUCACCUGGACUGCUUCAAGUGUCGUGACUGCGGCUCGAUAGUCGCAUCUAAGUUCUUCCCUGCAGAAGACGAGGAGGGCGGCGGUCAAUACCCUUUGUGCGAGACUGACUACUUCAGACGCCUCGGCUUGCUCUGCCACCAGUGUGGAGGUGCACUGCGAGGCUCAUACAUCACUGCGCUCGACCGAAAGUACCACGUCGACCACUUCACCUGUUCAUUAUGCCCGACAGUCUUUGGUGCUCAGGAUAGCUACUAUGAGCACGAUGGCAACGUGUAUUGCCGUUAUCACUACUCGACACAAUUUGCGCAGCGGUGUAAUGGCUGUCAUACAGCCAUCUUGAAGCAAUUCGUCGAAAUCUUCCGCAACGGGCAGAACCAACACUGGCACCCCGAAUGUUACAUGAUUCACAAGUUCUGGAACGUUCGCCUUGGUACGGAAGAUAGCAAUGAAGACCCGCCUGAGGAGCUCGACGAGGCAGGCCGCGAGCUCGUCCGUACUGAAGAAGAGAAGAUGGAGGAGAAGGUCUACCGCAUAUGGAGUGUUCUCUCUGCGUUCGAAGAGUCAUCUGCGGCUUGCAUCUCAGAUAUGCUCUUGCAUGUGAGCAAUGGUGCCUUUAUUGAUGGCAUCCUUACGGCCAAGAGGUUCAUUAUGCAUGUGGAUAUCUUGUUUCAAGCCGCUGACAAGCUGGACGACAGCAUGAAACAAGUUGACAUGAAAGGUCUGUCCUACAGCAGAGAGGCCAAACUCCUUUGCAAGAAGAUUGUCUCCUUUUUCUCCCUUCUGUCAAAGACUCAAGAAGGCGGUGUCCGACAAUUGGGCGUGACCCAGGAACUGCUGUCACUAGUCACGGGCUUGGCGCAUUACUUGAAGCUCCUCAUCAGGAUCUGUUUGCAGGGUACGCUCAGAAUCGAGAGGGAUCAUAACUCUCAGGACGCCUUGUACCAAUUUCUCGACGACCUCAGCGUGAUAGAAACUACUAAGAAUGAGGACAACACGCUUCAGAUCAGCGUGGGCAUGGCUACGCUGUCUGCCAACGACUCAGAUCAUUGCACCGCAUGUCGCAAGCCCAUUGAGAGCGAAUGUGCUCUAAACGGAGACAAGCGAUGGCACCUGGCCUGCGUUAUCUGUACCGAAUGCGGCCAGGAAUUGGGCAACGACUUGGCAAAUGCGCAGUUGCAACGUGAUCUUCGCAUCCUAUGCACGCCAUGCACCCGCCAGACGGGAGGCGAGACGAGCAAGCCUUUUGAACGGAUUUCGAGACUUCAGCAAUAUAUAUUCCUCCUCAAGGUUGCUCUGGCUCGACUUCUGGGCCAGCUACGCAAGAGUGGCGCAAUUCCUCCUGCAGGCGAGGAUCCCAGUGCCUGGGACUCGCGCAAUGGAAAUCAGUUAACAGCUGACAGAAGUGGCGUGCCAAUGUUGACGUCGGAUUCGCGUUCCAAGUCUUAUGCUGGGGCGGAACGGGACCGUCAUCAGCGAGAGUCGUCCUACGAGAGCACUCUUAAUGAUGUGCGUCGGCUGAGGAGUACACGACUAGAUAAGCAUCUAUCAUCGAGUCUGCGAAAAGCCCGCGGAUCCAGGAUAAUCGACGGUCCCGGCGGCCCUGGAGCUGAUGGUAACAAUUUCAGAGACCGAGAAAUGCAGAUUGAUGAGGAUCCUGGACUAGGCGGUUCGACAGAACAGUACUUUGGCCAUCAGGAUGCCUUGACCCUGGACGACAUUCCGCGAAUUGUUGCUGCAGAACAGGCCAAAGAGAAGCAGCCCGGCGCGUACACUAGAAAUUCGCGCCAGGAGCUGUUCCGAUCACCAGCCACACAUCCCAACUUGGGCACUGGUCAUCAGAGAUCGCAGUCCGACGGAAGAGGCGAUGAAUUGAAGCUUCUCCCGCAACCAUCACCACAGCGAAUAGGUCGCAAGUUUUUCUCGGAGCUGUCUGGCCUCGAAUACUUCAUUGUGCGCCAUGUCGCCGUUCUCACAAUGCAACCUUUACUGGAUCCAGAGUUCACCUUGGACGAUCUACUUUCGUUGAUUGAGGCUAGAAAGCAGCCUACCUUCUGGAAUAAGUUUGGCAAGGCUUUUGCCGGCAAAGACCAGAGGAAGGGCUUCAAGAAGAAGGGCAUUUUUGGUGUUCCUUUGGAGAUCAUCAUUGAGAAAGAUGGUGCCGAUUCGACAGAUGGCGUGGGCCCUGGAGCCCUGCGGAUUCCAGCCAUUAUUGAAGACACGAUUACAGCCCUCAAGAACAAGGAUCUCUCGGUUGAGGGUGUCUUCCGAAAGAACGGAAACAUCAAGAGACUCACGGAGCAAGUUGCUGCAGUGGACAGAGACGGGUGUGACGCCAUCAAGUGGAAUGACGAAUCGCCUCAUCAGCUGGCUGCGCUGCUGAAGAGGUAUCUUCGCGAGCUGCCUGAUCCACUGAUGACGCAGAAAUUGUAUCGUCUUUGGAUUGCCGCGACCAAGAUCAAGGAUGACGAGAAGAGAAGACACUGCUUGCAUCUGACGUGUUGCUUGCUACCAAAGAUUCAAAGAGAUACGCUCGAAGUGCUCUUCAGCUUUCUCAAGUGGGUGUCGACUUUCCACCAAGUUGACGAGGACACUGGUUCGCGCAUGGAUAUACACAAUCUCGCCCGAGUCAUGGCACCAAACAUUCUUUACUGCGCCCAGAGCGGGCCAAGUUUCUCGGAUGAACCAAUGACAGCAGUGUCUUGUGUUGAGGAGCUAAUCCAAUGGAAUGAGGAGAUUUGCAUGGUUCCGGAUGAGCUUAUGGAUGUUCUCGGCGACUCCUCAUUAUUCAACGGCAAUGGGGAUAUCUCGACAAAAGAGAUCCUCAAGCGCAUUGGCGACAGAUCGGCUGGUGGCCCUAGGCAAUACGACACAGAACUUGUCAAUAGACAGGACAAUUCAAGACCUAUGCCGACGAGGGUUGACACGGAUCCAACGCUGUGGCAUCAGGAGCGCAGUGUCCGCCCUGUUCAGGACCCAAAUGUGCCUUAUACUACAAACCCAGGAACUCCUCCGCAAAAGUGGCGGAAUCCUGACCACAGGUCUUCGCCUUAUGGAGACCAAUACGAAGGCGAUGCAUCACAGCCAGCUGAAAAUGGUCAGCGCCGCGAGUGGCGGAAUUCGACAGGCUUUGGUGUUAAGAACAGCUCUGUGCCUGCUGGCUCCGGCUGA